CCGAGAAGGAGGGGCACUGGAGACUGCAGAAUCGCAGAGAAAAGAAGUCUCUCUCUCUCUCUCACGUUUCAAUUCCCAUGGCCACUUCCAUUUUUCACACACGCGCAUUCAGAUACCUACACGUGUAUAUAUAACAUCCAUGGCGCUUCGUCGAUUCGAUUAGCAAUAGCAAGCAAGCUCCUUUCAUGGCUUCUCGUUCUUCCAUGCUUUUCUUUCCUCAUUCUUUCUAAUCGGUAUAUAAUCCCUCUUCCUCCGAUUUUCAUCGAUUCAUAUAAAAAAUUUUUCCUUGACAAAUCCUCUUCGAAUUCCAAUCUCAUCCGCCAUGAGUUCCGAUCCAACCACCGCCCCCGCAAACGGUGGAUUUCUUCAGAUCCACCAUGGCCGGAGGUUGCCGGACUUCUUGCAGAGCGUUAACCUCAAGUACGUCAAACUGGGUUACCACUAUCUCAUGACCCAUCUGCUCACUCUCUUUAUGAUCCCUCUCAUGUCCAUCGUUAUAAUUCAAGCUUCCCAGAUGAACCCGGAAGAGAUUCGCCAUCUCUGGCUCCACUUACAGUACAAUCUCGUCAUCGUCAUCACCUGCUCUGCGAUCCUCGUCUUCGGAUCCACCUUCUACCUCCUGACCCGACCCAGAUCCGUUUACCUCCUCGACUAUUCUUGCUACAAACCCCCGUCGCACCUGCAAGUAAAAUUCAAACAAUUCAUGGACCACUCGAAGCUGACGGGCGAUUUCGACGAUUCGUCCCUGGAAUUCCAGAGAAAGAUUCUAGAAAGAUCUGGUCUUGGCGAAGAAACAUACGUUCCCGAAGCUAUGCAUUACAUCCCACCGAGGCCAUCAAUGGCGGCAGCAAGAGAAGAAGCAGAGCAGGUCAUGUUCGGAGCAUUGGACAACCUCUUCGAUAACACCAAGGUUAAGCCCAAGGACAUAGGAAUCUUGGUCGUCAACUGUAGCCUGUUCAAUCCCACGCCCUCGCUUUCCGCCAUGAUCGUUAACAAGUACAAGUUAAGGGGUAACAUCAAAAGCUUUAAUUUGGGAGGCAUGGGUUGCAGUGCUGGCGUCAUAGCCAUCGAUCUCGCCAAAGACAUGCUUCAGAUUCACAGGAACACAUACGCAAUCGUAGUUAGCACAGAGAACAUCACUCAAAAUUGGUACUUUGGGAACCAGAAAUCAAUGUUGAUCCCAAACUGUCUCUUUCGCGUUGGCGGGGCUGCGAUUUUACUCUCAAACAAAUCCUCAGAUCGAAGAAAAGCCAAGUACAGGCUGCUCCAAACCGUGAGAACCCACAAAGGAGCAGAUGAUAAAGCAUUCAAAUGCGUGUAUCAAGAACAAGACGAUGCUGGCAAAACAGGGGUUUCACUGUCAAAAGAUUUAAUGGCCAUAGCAGGAGGAGCUUUAAAGACCAACAUCACAACACUGGGCCCUCUGGUUCUUCCAAUCAGCGAGCAGCUCUUGUUCUUCGCAACAUUAAUGGCGAAGAAGGUCUUGAACGCGAACGUGAAACCAUAUAUACCAGAUUUCAAGCUAGCCUUUGAGCAUUUCUGUAUUCAUGCUGGAGGGAGGGCUGUGAUUGAUGAGCUCGAGAAGAACCUUCAGCUUCUUCCUGUUCAUGUGGAAGCGUCGAGGAUGACACUCCACAGAUUCGGCAACACAUCGUCGAGUUCGAUUUGGUAUGAAUUGGGAUACAUUGAAGCGAAGGGGAGGAUGAAGAAGGGAGACAGAGUGUGGCAGAUUGCGUUUGGGAGUGGGUUCAAGUGUAACAGUGCGGUUUGGCAAGCUCUUAGGAACGUGAAGGCUUCGCCAAACAGUCCCUGGGACGAUUGUAUUCAUAGAUAUCCUGUUCAGGUUGUCACUUGAAGCUCCUUGUUUUGUUUUCUGAUUGUUCUUCUGACAUGCGAUGAUCUUGGAGCUUAGUCAGCUUACAUAUGUAUUACAAUGUCAUGUGUAGUAUCAAGUAAUACUUACAUAGUGGGAUGUUUUGGAAACAAGUCUUUCCUGA